AUGCGAUUAAUUUAUGAAUUUUUAGUAGGAGAACCUCAAGAUUGGUUGAAAAAAUCUACUCUACAAAUAUGGCAUCAGGAUAUCUCUGAAUUACAUUUUAAUAGACAAAUUCAUCAAGCAAAAUAUGCACCUAUAUUUGGAGUAAUAGUUGAUGAAUCAACACAAGAGCAAAUAAAAAAUUUA